AUGGUUAACUUACUGAGAUUUUUUAUACUCCAAGCAAUUGGUUCAGUGGCUGGCAUACCUGUAGGAAGAGACACUUCGCCUGCUGCCACAGCAGUCCUUGCUGCUGAAGCGGACCAUGGCAGUGGUGCUUUGGAGGCUCACUCCGCUGAGCAUGCCUUAGAUCCAAUCCCAAGCCAUCACAACCUACCAGCUGAAAAUCAAAUGGCUGUUAGGGAAUCCCCUCGUUUCCCAGAAGGAGACAGCAAAAGCGACAAAGAGCACAUAGUUGACAGCGAUGAAGAAGGGAGCAUUUCCGAGAUGGACGCGUCUGCAAACGGGAAGGAGCACGUGGCAGAAGCGGAGGGCGAAAGGGAAGAGCAAGCGGGCCUAGUGGCCCUGGGUCAGCCUGGAAAGGAUGCCAGCGUGGGCGCCCGUCGGGGCGUGCUUUCGUGGCUUUUCCGCAAGGAAAAUCUCCGGCCGAUGGCGAUGACGGCGGCCAAGGCGACGGGGAUUUUUUACCUGACCAAACUGGGCACACAAGCGGCCCAUCUGGUAGGAAGGAAUUGGGGAGACUUGCGUUUCUUGACACGGGAUGACAUAGAGCAAUACAAGAAUGUUGCGCACUCUGUGCUCUGGAUGGGCACUGUCCUCGGCGCCUACGUUGUGACUUACCCGUGUGAAUUCGCUCCUGAAGUCUGUCGACAAAUCGCCAUUCUCAUCUGUGAUGGCGGCCAACCGACGACCGACCGGACCCUGGCGCUGCUCAUCAAGCUGGCCGACCGCCGCAUCCGCACCGAGGCCGCCCGCCAGGACGCCCAAUACAAAGACGACAACGACAACUGA